AUUCAAGCUGGUGGACGCUCACUGAUGAAGAAGGAACCUGCGUCAGCGACACAUUUCGGCUUCUUGCCUACUUUUACACACCUUACGGACUCACCUGAGUAUUAUCAUACAUUUAAGUACGCGACUUUCAAGUAGUUUAAGGCGUCUUAGAGUGCCGUGAAGCGUGGAAGUGGAUCUACUUUGCCUGCCGUAGUAGUCAGUGAGCCGCGGCGUGUCUCAACAUCAUCCUGGACAACUGAGUGAACCCUCUUCGCCCACAACUGCAGAAAGAGAGAAGACAUGGGAUAUGAUUAGGUGGUGGACGUCUUCAGCUUAACAAAGAUCAUCAAUGAAUAUCUGCCAUGAUCCAUGGGAAGGCUCCAAACUCCUCCCCACUCUUGGUCCUCAUCACCGUCGUCAUCCUUGCUUUAAUACAUGCUCACUCCUACCCUAGUUUUUCCCGCGAUGGCACGGAAUUCCAGCACCUGGUCCUCCACCCAGACCCGUCCGUGGGCAAAGUCUACGUGGGUGCCAAGGACUACCUUUUCCAGCUGGAUGGAUUAGACGGACUGCGUCUGGAGCAAGAGGAGAAGACCGGUCCGGUGAGAGACAGCAAAGACUGCAUCCCUCCUGUCUCGGAGUCCAACUGUCCCCAGGCCAGAAGAACCAAUAACCAUAACAAGUUACUGCUGGUGGAUCCGAGUGCUUUAGAGCUGAUCACCUGCGGCAGCGUUUACCAAGGCACUUGUCAGAAACGGAGCCUGACGUCCAUCAGCGAGGUUCUUUUCUCCACCGAGAGGCCGGUGGACACGCAGUACGUGGCGGCGAACGAUCCCUCGGUGUCAACUGUGGGGCUGGUGGUGGGUCUUCGAGAUGGGGAAAGGACUGUGAUGUACGUGGGCCGCGGAUACACCGCCAGCCAGCCACCCAUUUCCACCAGGCACCUUUCAUCCCAGCCGCUCUUUUCCUACGAGGAGACGGCCAAGCUGGCCGUGGCUGGGCGUCUGUCGGAGUACGACCACCACUUUGUGACCACCUUCACACGGCGGAGUUAUGUCUACUUCUUGUUUUACCGGCGAGACAUCAAGUCGUCGUCCAGGGAGUACCAGACCUAUGCUGCCAGAGUUUGCCUGGACGACACCUCUUACUAUUCCUACGUGGAAGUACCGCUUGUUUGCCAAUCUUCAUCCUCUAGAGUCUACAACCUCCUCCAAGCAGCUCAGGUGGGUCACGGUAGAGACAGGGAGGGCGAGGAACUGUUGGGAGUCUUCUCCACCCGGGUCAGCUCAGCCAACCAACAUCCGUUGGACGGCUCCGCUUUGUGCGUCUUCCCUUUGGAUGAACUCGACAAGCACAUCGACUCCACCCGAGACCUGUGUUACACCCAAGACGGCAUGGCGCAGGACGGAGGAGAGGCGGCCUACAUCGAAUACGAGGUCAAGUCCAGCUGUGCCAACCUACCCAUGAACACCCUUCAGGCGUAUCCCUGUGGCUCCGACCACACCCCGAGUCCAAUGGCCAGCCGGGUGCCUCUGGUUUCCACGGCUGUGUGGCAGACCUUGUCCACCCACCUCACAGCUGUGGCUGUCAACGUCCGUGAAGACCACACCAUUGCCUUCCUGGGGGACUCCAAGGGGACGCUGCACAAGGUAUAUCUGGGCCAAGAUGGCCAGGUGGAGGUGUACGCCAACGCAAGCAUCCAGCCCAACUCUCCCAUUAAGAGUGAUUUACUGCUGGACCAGAGGAGUGCACACAUCUACAUAAUGACCAAAGCUGCCGUAGAGAAGAGACCGGUUGCAGAAUGUGGAGAUCACUUGGACUGCCAGUCCUGUCUGGCUGCUACUGACCCCUACUGUGGCUGGUGUGUCCUGGAGGGACGGUGUGGCCAGCGCUGGGAGUGCCGGCAAGGGUCAGUGAAGGGUCAGUGGCUGUGGAGUUUCAACCAGACGCAGCAGUGCCUCAGCAUCCAACAUCUCAGCCUGUACAACAUCAGCCGUGGGGAGAAAACUGACAUCACAGUGUCAAUCGAAGGACUUCCUAGUCUGGGAGAAGGAGAGACCUACUCCUGCUUCUUCCACGACGCAGAAACUUCUGCAUUGUUUACCAACACCGGCGUGAUUUGCCCCACCCCUGAUGUCAGCAGCCUGCCCCCCAUCGGGCGUGGAGAUGACUUUGUGAUGGUGAUCCUGUCCUUACGUUUCCUCAACGUGACCGUCGCAGAAACCGAGUUCACCUUGUACGACUGCAGUCUGGUGCAAGAACUCUCUGGGCGACGGCCGUGUCAAGGGUGUGUCAGCAGCCGCUGGGGGUGUAACUGGUGUAUUCACCUGCACGUCUGCACGCACACACACACCUGCAGCCCAGGAGUCACCAUCUACAACCAAAAUUUCAAACCGCCGACACCCACCAUGCCACCGCCCGGCAGAAAACACACCACUUUACCCCCGACUCUGACGGCCGCUCCUACAACUACAACAACAACAACAACGACGAGGACGACACAAGCGGCUGCUGCCACCACUGCAGCUGUCACUCCCACCACUCUUUACAGCGAGGCCACGCCCCCUCCACCCCAGGACGUAACCGCCAUGGGUGUCAGUGUCACCGAUGGCUCCCCGUCACUGGUCACCAAGCCAGCUUUUCUAGAAGUUGAGACCGUUGAUUGGCUGCUAGCUAACAAUACGUCUCGUAGCACAAGUGACUCUAAAGUGGAGUCCUCUGGCUCCUCUUCUGGUGUAAGCUCCAGCACAUCCACGGAAGUUGUUACGCGAACAGAACUGCCAAGCGGUGACUCCACCGAGGAAAGUGACAACCCUCCAUGGAUGAAAGGCUGGCCGGAGGCGGAGUCACUCGGUCAGGAAAACAUCACUUUUACGCAAUCGCCUGACAUUUUUAACACACCCAACACUGAGUCCGGGGAAAAUGACCAAGCGGAUUCUUCUGUCGGUUCUUAUUUGACGGACUGUCCUUGUGUGGAGAAAGUCGAGGAUUCCUCCCUCCUUCCUGUCAACGUGGAGAGGAAGAUCACGCUGGUCGGACGACACCUCCACCUCUUUCAGGAUGAGACUCUGGACUACGAGUGCGUGCUGGACAUCGAGAAUCAGUCCGUGGUGGUGGAGGCGUCCGUGGAGCCGGAUGACAAACAACAGUCGGUCUUCUUCAUCACCUGCAGAUCUCACCAGUUUGCCUACUCCGCGCCGAUGGAGGAAUACCCAGCCGUGAUUAACGUGAGGAGGAAAGACAACUUCCCCAUCGACAGCGCCGACGACCUUUUCGUGACUCUGUUCAACUGUGGCGUGGGGAGGUCGGACUGCAGUCGGUGUCGUACCGCCAACCCCAAGUACGCUUGUGUGUGGUGCGGCGGUCCUGCCGACUCCCACUGUGUCUACCACCUGUCCUGCACCCAGGACGUCAAGCACACCUGUCCUGCGCCUGUCAUUCACUUUUUGGAUCCUGUGUCGGGCCCAAUCGAGGGAGGCACCCUGGUGACCAUUUCGGGCUCCAAUCUCGGCCAGAGGGCUGAAGACAUCCAGAACUCGGUCACGGUCGCCGGGGUUCCCUGCAGCGUCAUCCAAAGCAGAUACGAAGUCUCCUCCAGGAUCGUGUGCGAGACCACCAGCAGCCAUGGACAGAAGAGCGGUCAGGCCUCGGUCAAAGUGAGGGGAGGUGGACUCGGACUGUCUGCGCAGAUCUUCAACUUUCAGGAUCCCACACUGAGCGGCGUCUCUCCCCAGAGAGGUCCCAAGGCGGGGGGCUCGUCCGUCACCAUCCGAGGCCGCGGCCUGAAAACGGGCCACCCGAGUGACGUCAGCGUCCUCAUCGGAGGAGUUCCAUGUGUGGUGCUCAACAUGGACGAGGACCAGAUCUGCUGCCAGACCAGAGGCAGCAACAGGACAGGAGGACAUGGCAUCACCGUGCGGUUCGGAGGGGCUGAGCGCCAUCUACAGGGUGUAGUCUAUCAUUACACCCCCAACCCCAACAUCACGGCGGCUGCACCACCCAGAAGCUUUCUCAGUGGAGGCAGAAUCAUCCGAGUGUCUGGUCAAAACCUGGACGUGGUCCAAGAACCAAAGAUGCGGGUCACACUCAGCCCACCUGAUCCCCUUCCUCCCAGGCGGAGGCGGAGCCUGCGUCGGGUGAAUGAAGUGCAAGAUGAAGAGAAGCCACGAAAGCGAGAAGGCAGGAUGGUGCCAGAGGUGGACUGCUCCCAUGGUGCACUCUGUCACAUCAAGCAGGUGAGUCUCCCUCAGGUGACACCUCUCCAUUCUCCUCUUCUGACACAUCAACACUCCCUCCAUCUUUCACGCACGCAGUAUGAGUCUCGCUGCACGGUGAACAGCUCCUCCCUGAUCUUGUGUCCCACGCCGGCUGUGGGUCCGGACGCCAGGAGAGCCAGGGUCAAAGUUCACUUCCUGCUGGACAGUCUCCAGUUUGACUUCAACGCGCUGGGCGCUGAAGCUUUCAACUAUGAAGCCAACCCCAAGCUCUACGCACUCAACCGCAAGGACCCCGACACGCCUUACCACCACAAACCUGGCAGCAUCAUCUCUGUCGAGGGAGAAAACCUGGACCUGGCCAUCUACAAACACGAGGUGGAGGCUCGGAUCGGGGAAGGUGUGUGUUCUGUGAAGACCCUGACCCACAACCAUUUGUACUGUGAACCACCCGCCAAACAGCCGUCAGUAGCAGCCGGCCAGAAGAAGGAUGUUCUGGACAGUCUGCCUGAGUUCACUGUGAAAAUGGGCAACUUGAACUUCUCCCUGGGUCGAGUUCAGUAUGACAGCCAGGCUCUGUCCAUAUUCCCCAUGGAGGCUCAGGUGGGAGUCGGGGUGGGAGCCUCCAUCGUGGCUCUCAUCGUGCUCAUCAUAGUCCUCAUCUACAGGAGGAAGAGCAAACAGGCCAUGAGGGACUACAAGAAGGUGCAGAUCCAGCUGGAGAAUCUGGAGACCAGCGUGCGAGACCGCUGCAAGAAGGAGUUCACAGACCUGAUGACAGAGAUGAUGGACAUGUCCAGUGACUUGGUGGGCUCGGGGAUUCCCUUUCUGGACUACAGAGCCUACGCCGAGCGCAUUUUCUUCCCAGGCCACAAGGAGUCGCCCCUGAGACGGGAUCUGGACGUGCCAGAAAGCCGGCGGCAGACUGUGGAACAAGGCCUGGUUCAACUGUCCAAUCUGCUCAACAGUAAACUGUUUCUCACCAAGUUUAUUCACACUCUGGAGGCCCAGCAGACAUUCUCCCCCAGGGACAGAGCCUACGUGGCUUCCCUGCUGACCGUGGCCCUGCAUGGUAAACUGGAGUACUUCACGGACAUUCUGAAGACGCUGCUCAAUGACCUGGUGGAGCAAUAUGUGGCCAAGAACCCCAAACUCAUGCUUAGAAGAACUGAAUCAGUAGUUGAGAAACUUCUGACCAACUGGAUGUCUAUUUGUCUCUUCAACUUCUUGCGGGAAUCGGCAGGCGAGUCCUUCUACAUGCUGUUCCGGGCUAUAAAGCACCAGGUGGACAAGGGGCCCGUGGAUGCAGUUACUGGAAAGGCCAAGUACACCUUGAACGACAACCGUCUGCUACGAGAGGACGUCGAGUACCGCAGCCUGACCCUAAAUGUCGUGACGCCAGCAGCCAGUGGAGGCGCCUCCACCCAGACGGUGCCGGCUAAAGUGCUGGACUGUGACACCAUCACCCAAGUCAAGGAGAAACUUCUGGACCAAACUUGGAAAGGGACAUCCAUCACCGGGAGGCCGCAUGCCGACUCCUUACACCUCGAGUGGCGCUCAGGUGUGGCUGGUCACCUGAUCCUGUCAGAUGAGGACCUGACUUCGGUGGUGCAGGGCUCCUGGAAGCGUCUCAAUACAUUGCAGCACUACAAGGUCCCAGAUGGCUCGACGGUCGCUCUUGUCCCAAGAAACACCAAAAACCACCUCCACGACAGCCAUGACUACAUGCCUGGCGAGAAGACUCCCAUGCUGGACGACGGCGAGGAAGGAGGGGUGAAGUUAUGGCACCUGGUGAAAGCCAGCGAGGAGUCGGAGCUGCCCAAGCACAGGAGGGGCAGUGUGAGGGAGAAGGGCGGCGAGAGAGCCAAGGCCAUCCCCGAGAUCUACCUGACCCGACUUCUCUCCAUGAAGGGCACGCUGCAGAAGUUUGUGGACGAUUUGUUCACGGCCAUCCUCAGCACCAGCCGUCCUGUCCCCCUGGCUGUCAAAUACUUUUUUGACAUGUUGGAUGAGCAGGCUCUGAAUCACAACAUCACCGAUCCGGAGACCAUCCACAUCUGGAAAACCAAUAGUCUGCCGCUGCGAUUUUGGAUCAACAUCCUGAAGAACCCGCAGUUCAUCUUCAACGUGCAGACGUCGGACCAUGUGGACGCGGUGCUGUUUGUCAUUGCCCAGACUUUUAUGGACUCUUGCACCAUCGCCGACCACAAACUGGGACGGGACUCCCCCAUCAACAAGUUGUUGUACGCCAGAGACAUCCCGCGCUACAAGCAGAUGGUGGAGAGGUACUACGCAGACAUCCGCCAGACCAUCUCAGCCAGCGACCAGGAGAUGAACUCUGCUCUCGCUGAACUCUCCCGUAACUAUGCAGGGGAGGUCAACUUCCUGGUGGCUUUGCAUGAGCUGUACAAGUACAUCAACAAGUACUACGAUCAAAUCAUCACCGCCCUGGAGGACGACUGCACCGCCCAGAAGAUGCAGCUGGGUUACCGCCUGCAACAGAUCGCUGCCGCCGUGGAAAACAAAGUCACCGACCUAUGACCUCACACGCCUCGACCUAUGACCUCACACGCCUCGCCAUACUUUCUCCCUGUCGCCACAAAGACGUUGAAGAGGGGAAAAAAAAAAGAUCCCAGCCUCCUUGAAAACGGAACCAUUUAUACACAAAAAUAGGAAAAAAAGAAGGCUUUUAUUUUUUUUGUGGCGCACAAAGAAGACGACUUGUUGUGUCAAAGGGACGACUGCUCACUUGUCCUUGGUGGAUCUGGAUGGAGGACAACACUGAACAUUCCUGCAAAAAGUCCUCAAAAGAGCAACUAGUCGCAGUUGAGGUGAAAAAGGGACUUGAGGGGCUCCCGUACUGGUACUUAAGUCUUACAAGGAACUCUCCGCCUGCUUAACAAUCAGCUUUUAGCUUCUUUCAAUCAUUCUUACUCACAACAUUCUCUUAUCAAUUAUCUAUCAGAUUCAUUGUUUAGCACAAAAUCCCCCCCCAAAAACAAUCCGUCCCGUGUGAAAUCUGUUAAACUCAUCAGUCUUCCUUCUCCCCCCUGUUAAAAAGUUAAGCUAUUUUUAUUCAUUGUUUUUCAGGUUUAUUUUGGAAAUCAUAACGACGGGCGUGAAGGGUUGUCUUAAAAAGUUGUUUUUAUUUGUGAAGGGUUAUUGCGUGUGGCUUUUCUAGGACGCCGCUUUUUCUUGUCGCAUUUAGCACAAAGCACCUCCGUGCCAAAGUACACUGCUUUUAUCCCCCCACCCCCACCCCCCCCCCCACCCCCAUUUGUGCUGCAAAUGUGGUUUAUAUUUCGAGCAAAAACAGCUGAUUUUUACGUUGUUUUACCAUAGCUUGAUGAAGGUACCUUUGGCUCUUUAGCAUUUAAAAUUUUAUUUAUUUGUUGUUUGUAUUUAUUUAAUUGCUUAUGUUUGUAAGCGUAUGUUGAUUUAGUCGCCCCUUUCCAUGUCAUUUGGUACUUUUUUUAUUUUUAAGGAAAAAAAAUGAAUUUUUUUUCUAAUAAUUUUUUUUUUUUACCGUGUGUUAUAUUGCUGUGACUUAAAGUCCUACUGAAAGCCACUACUAGCCACCACGCAGUCUGAUAGUUUAUAUAUCAAUGAUGAAAUAUUAACAUUGCAACACAUGCCAAUAUGGCCGCUUUAGUUUACUAAAUUGCAAUUUUACAUUUUGCACUAAGUAUCCUGUUGAAAACGUCGGUAUGAUGACGCGUACGCGUGACGUCUCGGAUUGUAGCGGACAUUUUUUUUCCAGCCCGAUCCCAGCUAUAAGUCGUCUGCUUUGAUCGCAUAAUUCUAGGGAUGCACCGAAAUGAAAAUUUGUGUCCGAAGCCGAAUAAAAUUUAAUCGCUUGGGCAAAGGCCGAAUAAUGAAUGCAGUUUUUCACAAUUUUUUAAAUAUUGCAUAAAUAGCCUAGAAUAAAUAUUUAGACAUGUUUUUCAAAUAAAGUAAUUUUUUAUUGAAUAUUGAAUUUUUUUUAAUAUUCCGGUAGCCUUUGCUUUUCAAAAAAAGCACAAAGUUUUUCAUUUAUAUUAGGCCUUCAAACAAAACAUGCAUUCCAAAAUAAAUAAAGUGCAUUAAAGUGGAUAAACCCACAACAAAGGAAUUAUUGUCCUUUUGGCAAAAGUAGAUAUGUUAAUAAUGUAAACAGAAGGCUCAAGUAAAUCUCAAUAAGUGUGUGCUUGUAACCUCAUACACUUAUACAGGUAGCCUACACAACAGGCUAAUAAUGUAAACAGAGGCCCCACUAAAUCUCAAUAAGUGUGUGCAUGUAACCUCAUACACUUAUACAGGUAGCCUACACAACAGGCUAAUAAUGUAAACAGAGGCCCCACUAAAUCUCAAUAAGUGUGUGCUUGUAACCUCAUACACUUAUACAGGUAGCCUACACAACAGGCUAGUAAUGUAAACAGAGGCUCAAGUAAAUCUCAAUAAGUGUGUGCUUGUAACCUCAUACACUUAUACAGGUAGCCUACACAACAGGCUAGUAAUGUAAACAGAGGCUCAAGUAAAUCUCAAUUAAGUGUGUGCUUGUAACCUCAUACACUUAUACAGGUACACAACAUAUCCCAACGUCACUGCCUCAAAAAAUUGCGUCAAACGCCACUAUUCAGUCUUGUUUUUAACUCAUUCCACCGAAGGCCGAAUGUGGCUUUUUUUGCCAUAUUCGGCCGAAUAUAUUCGGUUACCGAUUAAUCGGUGCAUCCCUACAUAAUUUCACAGUAUUCUGGACAUCUGUGUUGCUGAAUCUUUUGCAAUUUGUUCAAUUAAUAAUGGAGACGUCAAAGAAGAAAGAUGUAGGUGGGAAGCGGUGUAUUGCGGCCGCCUUUAGCAACACAAACACAGCCGGUGUUUCAUUGUUUACAUUCCCGAAGGUGAAGCUUUACUAUGGAACAGAGCGGUCAAGCUAACAUGGUUCCCGACCACAUGUCAACCGGAAAAUUGUGGUAAUAAGUUGCCUCUUACCGUAGACAUGAGCAGAGCCUGCGUUGUUCCUCGUGUAAAAAGAGGCAGCUCCGACUCUCUUGCCUCCUCCGUGGUUUCCCUCAGAGACACUGGCAGUCACCACACCCCUCUGAUUUCAGGUACGACAGUAUAAUCUCACUAAAACACUAGUAACACAAUAAGCAGAUAAGGGAUUUUCCACAAUUAUCCUAGUAAAUGUGUCUAAUAACAUCUGAAUCACUCCCACCACCCUGUCUUUUUUUUUUUCUAGUUCUUCACUUUAACUUUCCUUCUCCACGAAUCUUUCAUCCUCGUUCAAAUUAAUGGGGAAAUCGUCGCUUUCUCGGUCCGAAUCGCUCUUGCUGCUGGUGGCCAUGAUUGUAAACAAUGUUCAGAUGUGAGGAGCUCCACAACCCAUGACGUCACAUGCACAUCGUCUGCUACUUCCUGUACAGGCAAGGCUUUUUUAUUAGCCACCAAAAGUUGCCAACUUUAUGGUGGAUGUUCUCUACUAAAUCCUUUCAGCAAAAAUAUGGCAAUAUGGCAAAAUGAUGAAGUAUGACACAUAGAAUGGACCUGCUAUCCCCGUUUAAAUAAGAACAUCUCAUUUCAGUAGGCCUUUAAAAAAAAGUCAAAUUCACUGUAAUUGUUAUUUUUAUUUUUUUAAAUAUUCGGUACUGCUUAAGCAUUGAAUUUGUACAUAAACCUUUUAGUGCUUCCUGUAGCGUGGAUGCAAGGUGGCUCUCUUUAACUGUUGUGACCGUGGAUUCUUGUACAGUAGAUACACUCUGUUGCUAAAUAAUUCUGACUUUAAGUCCUCGAAAACCUAACAAAGGCUGAAUGUGAAGCAAUAAAGUGUUCCCAGUUCUAACAAAGAUUGCAAUGAUUAUAA